AAGACCAGAAGGCUCUUUUCUACCCUGGGCCAUUCUGAACUCUGAAGACCGACGCACGAAGCGGAAGGAGCACUGCUUGUUCUCCUGCAGAAAACACAUCCGCACUGCAGUAAAUCCAGUGUGUCGUUCCAUAUUCCAAUAUGAGAAAGCCCGGCAAUGGAUGCAAAGAGAAGGGAGCAUGUCACUUCUGGAAUGCUUACACAGAUGACCAAGACAAGCAUUUCUUCAAGGUUUUGAUUGGUGAUUUUCAUAAAAGAUUGUUCUUGCCAGAUAAACUUGCCCUACACUUCAGAGGCAAAAUAGCAAGAAGUAUUAAGCUUGAAUCCCAUGGCCAUACUUUUGAUGUUCAAGUCGAAAAGAAUUCUGGCAGACUAGCGCUUCAAUCUGGAUGGGAGACGUUUGUUAGUGCCCAUGGCUUGAAGAUGUUGGACUUUUUGGUAUUCAAGUACGAUGGGAUUUCUCGAAUGAAGGUUCUGAUCUUUGAUGCUACUGGCUGUGAGAAAGUACUGCCAUGUUUUGUCACGGAAAAUGCAAUUAGUGGUAGACACAGAGAAGAAGAAUCCAUUGACAUUUCAAGCAACUAUACUAAUCUUCCCAUGAAAACACCAGAGGCUAAAAAGAAGGCAUGGAAGCAAAGGGACGGGCGUAAGAUUGCUAAUAUCAGUUCAUCAUGCUCCCCAUCUAAGUCAUCAGGAGGUUCAACAUAUUCAGAGGAACAUGAAUCGCAUUCUGUAGGUUCAACAUCUUCAGAGGAACACGAAUCGCAUUCUGUUCCGAGUUACAUCCUCCCACGACGCACCAGCCUUACUGAUGUUCAAAAGAAGCAACUGAAGAAAAAAAUCGGAGCUAUUUGUUCUGAAAUCCCUAUCUAUGUGUGUGUCAUGAAGAAGACCAAUGUGUCUGGGGAACAUCAAAGCAUGCGCUUCUCUGGAGAAUAUUCUGAAGCAUAUCUUCCGUUCAGGGAGAGGACGUUGAUGCUUCAUUGUCAUGGCAAGAGUUGGGAAGUGAUGUGCCGCAUUAGGGUUCGAAGAGGCCACCGCAAUUUCCAAAACCUUUGCAAAGGGUGGAAACGGUUUGUACGUGACAACAAUUUACGGCUGGGAGAUCUCUGCCUCUUCGAGCUACUGAAGACCAAGAAGUGCACGAUGAAUGUGCAUAUCGUCUGUGAAAAGUGAGAUUUGACAAAAUGUUUCCUGCUGUUGCGUUCCAGCUUUUGCAGCGGUUUACUCUGACGAUCUAGAUAAGUCUGUUCAGCCACUGCAGCCAGCUUUUGUAAUGGUGAUGGCAACGCUUUUAUGCUUGACAAGAGUCCAGCAUACUCUGAUGAUACACACUAUCUGUAUAUGAUCUACCUAUGCCCUGAUUGGAUGAUUGAUGCUCUUGUAGUGCUGAAGUUCAGGCAGCUUCGUUUUUAGCCCAUCAAUAUUUUUGUUUCUGUUGUAAUGGAUUAUAGGAAUUUGCUACUGUGACGUGCAUUAUUCCUGUGAUGCGUGUGUUAACUAUAACGUGAAUCUGUAAAUUGCCACCUAAACCGUUGACACGUUGA